CCCCCUUCCCAGUCCCGGGAGGCCGCCGCGCCAGCCGCGCGGAGCGAGUCCCUCCCCUGCCCCAGCCCCGUCCUGGGGCCGCGCCUGGCCCCCAGCUCCUGGCUCCAGCCUAGCGCUCCUCGCCCCUGGUUCUGGGACUCGGACCCUGUCCGCCGGCCGAAAGGCACUGCUGUGCUGAGCGCUGCUGCCGAUGGGAGCGGAUUUCAUCAGUCCUUCGGGUGUAACUAGGAGAAAAAGAUCUACAGCCACCUUCCAGGAACAAGCUGCAGUACAUCUUGCAGAACUUACCUCACCUCCUCUCUCCAGGGACGAUGACGUUGGCCUACCCUAAGAGGGGCCUUCUGGUGCUGCUGAUGGCCUUGGGCCUGACCCAGGGGAACCCUGUGGAGCCCUUUCAGACCUCAUUGGUAACCUGCACAUGUCAGAACCCACACUGCAAGGGGACCACCUGCCAGGGACUCUGGUGUACAGCAGUGCUGUUUGUAGAUGAAGAAGGUCAUCUCCAGAAUUUUAAGGGAUGUGGAAGCCAGAACGAAGAGCUCUGUAGGGGGCGUGCCACUGAAUUCGCCCAUCAUUUCUGCUGCCGCCAAUCCUUCUGCAACCACAAUGUAUCCCUGUCGCUGGAGACCACCCAGACUCCUCCGGAGCAGCCAAAAGUAGAUAGCCAGCUGCCUCUGAUCCUCGGCCCUGUGCUGGCCUUGCUAGUGCUGGUGGCCUUGGGUACCCUGGGCCUGUGGCAUGUCCGGCGGAGGCAGGAGAAGCAGCGAGGCCUGUACAGUGACCUGGGCGAGUCCAGCCUCAUCCUGAAAUCAUCCGAGCAGAGGGACAGCAUGUUGGGGGAAUUCCUGGAUAGCAACUGCACCACAGGCAGUGGCUCAGGGCUCCCCUUUCUGGUGCAGAGGACAGUGGCACGGCAAGUCACCCUGGUGGAGUGUGUGGGAAAGGGCCGCUACGGUGAGGUGUGGCGGGGCCUGUGGCAUGGUGAGAGUGUAGCUGUCAAGAUCUUCUCCUCGAGGGAUGAGCAGUCCUGGUUCCGGGAGACGGAGAUCUACAAUACAGUGUUGCUCCGGCAUGACAACAUCCUAGGCUUCAUCGCCUCAGAUAUGACCUCCCGAAAUUCCAGUACGCAGCUGUGGCUCAUCACGCACUACCAUGAGCACGGCUCCCUCUAUGACUUCCUGCAGAGGCAGACGCUUGAGCCUCAGCUGGCCCUCAAGCUAGCUGUGUCCGCAGCGUGCGGCCUGGCACACCUGCACGUGGAGAUCUUCGGCACACAGGGAAAACCGGCCAUUGCCCACCGUGAUCUCAAGAGCCGCAAUGUUCUGGUCAAGAGCAACCUUCAGUGUUGCAUUGCAGACCUGGGCCUGGCUGUGAUGCACUCUCAGGGUAGCGAUUACCUGGACAUUGGCAACAACCCGAGAGUGGGCACCAAGCGGUACAUGGCACCGGAGGUGCUGGAUGAGCAGAUCCGCACCGACUGCUUCGAGUCUUACAAGUGGACCGACAUCUGGGCCUUCGGCCUGGUGCUGUGGGAGAUUACUCGGCGAACCAUUGUCAAUGGUAUUGUGGAGGACUAUAGGCCACCUUUCUAUGAUGUGGUGCCCAAUGACCCCAGCUUCGAGGACAUGAAGAAAGUGGUGUGUAUUGACCAGCAAACUCCCACCAUCCCCAACCGGCUGGCUGUAGACCCGGUCCUCUCAGGCCUGGCUCAGAUGAUGCAGGAAUGCUGGUACCCUAACCCCUCUGCCCGCCUCACUGCGCUUCGCAUCAAGAAGACCCUACAGAAACUCAUCCAAGGCUCAGAGAAGCCCAAAGUGAUUCACUAGCCCAGGACUCCUGCACUCCCUCUGCCUGCAGGGAUUUGGACCUGACAUCCUUUGAGGCCUCUCCAACUCUGAUUUGCUUUGAACGUCAUCAGCCUGUGUGACCUAAGUUCACCAGUUUCACCUGGUCCUAUGCCCUGGCCCCUAGCAGUAUGCCUCAAGACAGGGUCUGAAAAGAGCUGUAUUGGAGUCUAGGACAUUGAAAGCGCUUCCUAGUCUAAUUUUUGCCUGAAGCCAUGCCAGUGGCCUUUCUUGGCUCAUGCAGUGCUGGCCCUUCUGAGGCUGGAGGUCACUUCUCUGAGUCUCCAAGGCACAAAAGAAACUCAGCUCCAGCCAAGAAGCCUACAGUACCCAGGUUUCUGCUCCCCGUGGACCCUGGUCCUGACUCUGGCCCACAACUUUGGUCAAGCCCCAGAGAGUGUCUCAGAACAUGGUGACCCUAGAAAAACACACAGAAAAUCUAGUAUUUGGAUAUGUCCAGGGUAUUGUGCAUGUACUGACAGGUAACCCUGGGUCUUGGUAGGGUGGCUGGAGGGCUGGAGGGAGGUGAGUUGGAGGCAGCACUUGGGACAGUGGUGGGGCUCAGGCUAAGGACAAGGACAGCUGUAAGCUUGGGAAGAAGUGUCCUACCAGCCCUCAGCCUUUGAGGGCAGAAAAGAAAGCUCAUGCCCCUCCCACACAUACAGCCUCCCCAGGCGGUCUUCUGGUGUGUCUUCCACCACCGUCUCAGAACUUUCCCAGGCCUGUCUCUCAGCAUUGUGCAAGGCCCAGAAGAGAACCAGGAAGCGAAACUGGAUGAAAACGGAAAGCAACAUGCUGCACUGAGUUCCAGGAUUACUGGGACAAAGUUUGCAGUUUCUCUGACUUCUAGAACCCACCCUAUCAGGAAUCAAGGUUCCAGCCUAAAGGAUUUUAAUCUCCAUUGGAUUUGGGGGCAAAGCAGUUCUGAGACUCGGCAGGCAGAAACUUCAGGUAGCAGCUUCCCGAAGACUGGAAAAUCCCUAAGUGGAGAAGGUCUAGUGAGGAGGAGGAAUGACAGAGGAGGGUGGAGGGAAGCCGCUGAGGAGAGCAGUCUGCAAAUGCUUCUGUGCUACCGCAGGAGGUUUCCAAGAUGCAAAUUACUCUGUUCUUACCCGAAGAUAACUGUUUGCGGGAGCAUUUAGCCCAUGCCUACCACAUACUGUGUCCUCAAUAAACCAAAGUUGAACCCUGA